AUGAGCGCCCAAGGUAGGCCAAGUCAUACCUUCGACUAUCUCCUCACAGAUACUUACUUUCUUCAUCAACUAGGUCAAGUUCGGAACGUUAAGCACGGCAGCGUCGGUGAAGUCGAAGCCGGAAAAGGCGUCAUCACCAGAUACGCCGAUGGCCGACCAACGCGCUUUACCUUCAAAACGAAGUUCGACCGCGUUCCGCACGUACAGAUUACGCCAAUCUUGAUUGAUCCAAAGUCAGCCUUCAAAAACUUCUGGAUUUAUCACCUUGCUCCUUCGGGAGACCAGGCGGUCGACGAGAGUGGUUUCUAUUUGGGGUGCUGUGGUGAAACCGGAUUGAAUAUCCACUUUGAGUACCUUGCUACUGCUGUCUAUACGGCUGGGGAUGAGUGA